AUGGACCCAAAUCCAUCACAGGCCGCCAUGCGUCUGCUCCUGCUAAUGUUCGCCAUGACGGCUACCCGUGCAGCAGCCAUGUCUUCGUCAGGCUACGACGACGAGAGAGCCCUUGUGGCUUUCAAGGCCAAGAUCUCCGGCCACCCCGGCGUGCUGGCCUCCUGGAACCAGAGCAGCAGCCACUGCAGCUGGGAGGGCGUCACCUGCAGCCGGAGAUACCGGUGGCGAGUGGUCGCCCUGGACCUCAGUGCACAGGGCUUGGCCGGCACCAUCUCCCCUGCCAUCGGCAACCUCACCUUCCUGCGGUCGCUCAAUCUCAGCUUCAACGGCCUGCAGGGAGAGAUCCCUCCCAGCAUCGGCUCCCUCAGGCGCCUCCAGCAGCUCGACCUCGGCGUGAACAUGCUCACCGGCGUCAUCCCACGCAACAUCAGCCGCUGCAUGAGCCUCCGUGUGCUGUGCAUCUACAGCAACAAGGGGGUGCAGGGAGGCAUCCCGGCUGAGAUUGGCAGCAUGCCGUCGCUUGCUGUUCUUGAGCUCGCCAACGACAGCAUCACCGGCACCAUCCCCUCGUCUCUUGGGAACCUUUCCCAGCUGACCAUCCUGUCCCUGGCAAUCAACUACCUCCAAGGAUCGAUCCCUGCCGGCAUAGGGAACAAUCCACAUGUCACCUUCAUUCAACUUUCACUUAACAACCUCUCAGGUUUGGUUCCCCCUUCACUGUACAACGUAUCAUCUCUGUACCUGCUUUCUAUGGCAGGCAACAAGCUGCACGGUCGUCUACCAUCUGACCUGGGGAAAAACCUUCCGAGCAUCAAAGAUAUUGGGAUCGGAAUAAACCUGUUUAGUGGAGCUCUUCCACUGUCAUUAACUAAUCUCUCCACACUCCAGGCUAUUGAUGCUACAUCUAAUAGUUUCUCCGGGGUUGUUCCUUCUGAAUUGGGUAGAUUGCAAAAUCUUGAGGUGUUUCAGAUGGACAACAAUAUGUUAGAGGCAAACAAUGAAGAACAAUGGAAAUUUAUUGCUUCUUUGGCUAAUUGUAGCAGAUUACAGAAGCUGGAACUUGGAUGUAAUAGGCUCAAGGGAAAACUGCCAAGUUCAUUGGCUAAUUUGUCCACCAAUCUCCAAUUGCUACAAAUUCCGAGCAACAAAAUAUCCGGUGCCGUCCCAUUGGAUGUCGGAAAUUUGGCAAGUCUUCAGCUGGUUGACCUUUCAAACAACUUACUUAGCGGGGCCAUUCCUGAAAGCAUAGGAAAGCUUACACAACUGAAUGAGUUAUAUCUGUCCUCGAACAAUAUCUCAGGAGUACUACCAUCCUCCAUCGGAAACAUCACUAGUCUAUCUAUACUUUCUGUACAUGCCAACAACUUGCAGGGUUCUAUUCCACCGAGCAUUGGAAAUUUGAGCAAGCUUUCAACCUUGGAUCUAUCCAGUAACAAGCUUACUGGUUUCAUCCCCAAUGAAGUUGGGCACCUGUCAUCAAUCUCAAUAGAUUUCGAUUUGUCUUACAACUUGCUGGAGGGACCGCUUCCUUCAGAGGUUGGUGGUUUGGUAAAUCUCAAAGAGCUCAUCCUGUCAGGAAACAAAUGUUGGAAUUGA